GACAGUUCAGGACACGGGUGGUCAGUGCACACAGCAGGAACAGUUCAGGACACGGGUGGUCAGUGCACGCAACAGGAACAGUUCAGGACACAGGUGGUCAGUGCACACAGCGGGGACAGUUCAGGACACGGGUGGUCAGUGCGCACAACAGGAACAGUUCAGGACACGGGUGGUCAGUGCGCACAACAGGAACAGUUCAGGGCACUCACGGUAAGCAGCUUGCAGACCCUCAGCGGCAGGCGGCUCCAGACAGGGAUGACCAGCAGUCAGCGUUCCAGGGACAACCAGCGAUCAGCAGACAGUAGCAGCUCCCAGGGCACUCAGCAGAAGACAGCCUCCAGGGACACGCAGCCACGGAUAGUAUGCAGGCCCCCUCAGCAACAACUCCCAGGGCACUCAGCAGCAGACAGGGUGCAAGGGUGCUCAGUAGACAGGCUUACAGACUGGCAGGGUCUCAGUUGUGGGGUCUGACCUUUGAGGAGAAGGCUCAUGCAGAGCUGUGGAGACUGCCAACCCCGAGGUAUUGCAGAGGGCUACAGUCCUGACCUUUUGGGGGUCUGCAGAGCGCGCGCAGGGGGGAUGGCUGGGGAGACUCGGUCCCCCUCACCCGAGCCUCCCAGCAUUUUUCUGGGAGCAGGAUGAUUCUA